GACGCGGCGCACGCGACGUCUAGGUGAAUUUUCACCGCGCGAAGUCAGAGUCUUCUCUAUGUGCAAAUUCAAGAGGUGGCGGUGUACGUAGUUCAGUUUGCAACGUGUUGCAGACAGUAAAUCAGCUCGAGAAUGGAGUUGAUGGCAACAGAGGAUGACGAUCAAAAGGGAUACACCUGGGAGGCUGGUUAUGCUGAUGGUCUGAACAUACGAGAAGUCUUGGAAGAAGAUGAAGGCGGCUCCAUCGAAAAGUCCAUUGCCAAGCUUGUCGCUGAUGCUCGUAAGAAGCAACGAACUGUGGCUAAACCGACGAAAGUCAGGCUCGGGAUCAUGCGGUACGUCUACGUCGCAAUUGACUGCUCACGUUCAAUGACUAGCAAGGAUAUGCCACCCUCUCGAUUCUUUGUUACAAUGAAGAUACUAGUCAACUUCCUGGAUAAAUUCUUUGAACAAAAUCCCAUUGCCCAGCUUGGCCUUAUUUUGGUAAAGGAUAAGAAAGCCGAACGUUUUGUGAGUCUCACAGGUAAUGUUCGAACUUUGAAGGAGCACCUAAACUCCAUCAAUGAAGCUAUCUGUAGCGGCGACUUCUCUCUCCAAAAUGCUUUACAACUUGCCCUAACAAACUUGAAAAGUCUACCUGGUCAUGUGUCACGCGAAGUUAUCGUCAUAAUGUCAAGUCUUUCCACCGUGGAUCCUGGUAACAUUUUUUCUACGUUUGAGCUUCUUCGAGGUCACAAUAUAAGGUGUUCAGUGAUUGGUCUGGGUGCGGAGCUUUUUGUAUGCAAGCAGCUUGCAAAGGUUACCAAUGGUCGAUACGACGUGGUGCUGGAUCCAGAACAUAUGGAUGUUUUGUUGUCGCAACAUACCGUUCCUCCUCCUUCCACAAAAGCUGCUGAAUGUAAUGCUAUCCGUGUUGCUUUUCCUCCACACAUUAACAUCAAAGAACGGUCUUUCUGCGUAUGUCAUCCCAUGUCUGCGCCGCUAUCCACCUCGCGUGGUUUUUUGUGUGAACAGUGUGGAGCCCGACAUUGUUCACUACCAGCUGAGUGUCGCGUCUGUCGCCUUACCCUCGUUUCCGCUCCUCAGUUGGCGCGAGCAUUCCGCCAUCUCGUGCCGCUUCCACCGUUCGUGCCAACAAAUGUAACGGAAGGGGAGUGUAUGGCAUGUGAACGUCCUUUGGCCGAAGAGGGGUUUGCAUGCAAGUCUUGUGGAGCAGUGUUUUGCCUCGAUUGUGACAUACUUCUGCAUGAAAGCCUUCACGUCUGCCCUAACUGCGGUUGAUCAUAGUACAGCAUCGUCAGCUAACGCUGAAAACAGCAGCAGCUAAGCAACAAGCAGAUGAGGAGUCUCUUUGUAAAGGAGAAGAUGUGGAUGUGGAAGUUGUUUUCUUACCAUCUAAUGACUGUUAUAUCCCGAUGAGCGUAAUCAGCACAUGGUAAUGUAUAGCUCACUCUAUGCUUGACUAUAACAAAGAAAUUUGAAAGAAAAAUUUGGGUAGUUUGUUUUGAUUUAUACUGCUGAACUUUCCUAUGGGCAUUCUGGUUUGAACUGUGAUGUUUUGUUUGUUGAGCAUCGUAGCCACAGUGGGAUCUUGUCUUCGCCGGAAAUUGGAUAACGUCACCUUGGU